UGCUUCGUCAUUGCAGUUCGGAGAAAACGGAAUCGGGUUCGCCUCUGAAUCGAAGAAAGGGAUGCGGAUUUCUGGAUGAAAAUUUCACAUUCUCUCGUCUGUCACUGGAUUUCACUCAAAUGGCUACACCAUUCCUCGCAGGUCUUGCGGUAGCUGCUGCAGCUCUUGCUGGUAGAUAUGGAAUUCGAGCUUGGCAAGCAUUCAAGACACGGCCACCACAAGCCAGAUCACGCAAAUUCUAUGAAGGUGGUUUCAAUCCUACGAUGACAAAGAGGGAAGCAGCUCUUAUUCUUGGUGUUAGAGAAAAUACACCUCCAGAAAAGAUUAAGGAAGCACAUAGAAGGGUAAUGAUAGCAAACCAUCCCGAUGCUGGUGGCAGCCAUUAUCUUGCUUCCAAGAUCAAUGAAGCCAAGGAUGUCCUGCUCGGAAAAUCUAAAGGCAGCCCAUCGGCAUUUUAAUGAGGUGUGCUCCUUGAAAUCCUUAUCAAAUGUUCUUCAAAGUUUAAGCAAUCUGCGGAAACCUAUGCUCACAUAUGGAAUUUGGUUUCUUUAGUCUGGAAAACAUGAACACUAUUAUAGUUAGACUUGAAGCUUACUUUCAUAACAUCCUCCAUGACUGGUUUUCUGGAUGCGUUUACUUUAGACAUUUAUGAUUUUUCUGUUUCCAGUCUCUUCAGUAACAUUGAAUUUGUACAGCAACCUUUGUCAAGUAUUAUCUGUUUUCUCUUCUG